CUCGCACCGCCUGAACCAGCAUCGCUGAAAGGCCCUGCGAGACGACAACAUCAGAGACACGGCAACAAUGUCCCACCCUCCUCUUCCUCGCCCGACCCCACGCGUCAUGACUGCCAACAAUGCCACCACGCCCGCGCGAGCCAAGAACGUGGUGAUGGCUUCGCAUGGCCGCGCGCCGUGGUACACUCCCGACGGGAAGAAUGUCGACGCGUAUGUCGUUGGUAUUGCUGGCGGUAGCUCUUCUGGAAAGACUUCGGUCGCCCGAGCCAUCCUCCAGGGCCUGGACAACAUCCCCUCGGUCAUGAUCCUCUCCCAGGACUCUUUCUACAAGUACCACACUCCCGAGGAGAUCAGGCUCGCGUUUGCCAGCGAGCUCGAUGUUGACCACCCCGACUCGAUCGACAUGGAGUUGUUCGCCAAGUGCAUUGUUGACCUGAAGAAGGGAAAGGCCACCGAGCUCCCCGUCUACUCUUUCGUCCACCACCAGCGCAUGCCUGAGACCAAGUACAUCUACGGUGCGAGCGUUAUCAUCGUUGAGGGCAUCCUGGCCAUGCAGCCCGAGCUUCGUGACCUGUAUGACCUGAAGAUCUUCGUCAACUGCGACUCCGACCUCAUGCUGGCGCGCCGCAUCAAGCGCGACACUGUCGAGCGUGGACGUGAUGUGAACGGCAUCCUCGAUCAGUACCUUCGCUUUGUGAAGAGCAGCUAUGACAACUUUGUCCAGCCGUCGUCAAAGUACGCGGACAUUAUUGUUCCGGGGUACAACAAUGACACGGCGAUCGAGCUCCUCAUCACGCACGUUAAGCGCCAGCUCACGACCCGUGCGCUACGCUUCCGUGACGAGCUGGUCGUCAGCAAGUCCGAACUGGCCAAGAGUGCCUCUUGGGACGAUGAGCAUGUCGUGCUGCUCGAGCAGACAAGCCAGCUUCGUGGCAUCAUGACUAUCCUGCGCGACACCGAGACCAAGCGCGGCGACUUCAUCUUCUACAUUGACCGCUUGUCCACCCUGAUCGUCGAGAAGGCCCUCACGCUCCUUCCUCACAAGAGCAAGGACGUGGUGACUCCCACGGGCAACACCUACCACGGAGUGGCGAACUGCGACAGCGAGAUUGUCGGUGUAUCGAUCUUGCGCUCCGGAGGCCCCUUCUCGCACGGCCUGCGUCGUGUUAUUCGCGACGUGCCUCUGGGAUCGCUGUUGAUUCAGUCCGACCCCCGCACGGGCGAGCCGUUGCUGCUUAAUCUCAACUUGCCUCAGCAGUUGCGUAGCCACGCCACGAGUGACAAGACGCAGGUGUUACUUUUGGACUCGCAGAUGGGAACAGGCGCUGCCGCUCUCAUGGCCAUUCGUGUCCUGCUCGACCACGGCGUUCCAGAGCGCCACAUUACUUUCCUUACCUUCCUCGUCUCGCGCCAAGCCGUGCACACUGUCAGCCGUGCCUUCCCCCACGUCCGUAUCGUCACGGCUGCCAUCGACUCGCGCCUCGACGAGGUCCACCUGCCUGGCUCGACCGGUAAACUCGAUGCAGCCGACCCAGAGUUUGCCGCCCGCCUCAUUGCGCAGUCAGACCUGUACGACGACGCAUCGGAAGCGGCUGCGACGCCCACAGAGUGGCGCAACAACGACGCCAUCCCAGCAGCCGUGGAACGUGGACAAGACUUGGCCGCCGGUGUUAAUGACCGCCUCGCGUGGGUCGUCCUUCCGGGCAUGGGUCACAUUGGCGACCGCUACUACCUCAACUAAAGAGGCCUCUUGCAUAAUGUUAGCAUGUAUCCAUACAGUGGCGGCGGCAGUGGCAGUGGAAGUGGCAGUGGCACUUGGCAUCAUGGCACGGGUCACAUUACUGUUCGUAACUAGUCACACUUUUGCUGGUGGCUUCCACCCCGAAAAGGAUGGCGAGC